AUGAAUCGAGUCGGUAAUUCAGCCCGUAUUUUGAGGCAAUCUGCACUCCGCACGGAAAAAUCAACUUUCACGAGAAUGACGUCCGUAAUUCCGACUCAACCUUCAGGACAAAAUCAGACUUCCCUUUCCCCAUCAUUCACGACGCCGUCAAUUCAUUUUAACCCUUCUACCUGUUACUAUCCCACGACCAACAGUCAAAAAAUGUCAAAGUUUAUUGAAAAAUGCAAGAGUAUCUCCUCCGCUGCCGGAAAAACGAUAUCAACGAAGAAGUUAUCCGAGUUCUCGCUUUCGUCUGUGUCCGUAACAUUUAUCUGCUCGAUGGGCGAACUGGCUCUUUGGGCAGUUCUCAACUUGGAAAACGGUCUUGUCGAGUUUGUGAUUGAUGACAAUAACGGGCUAUGA